CGCUUUUGCUAACUGCCUGCCUGAUGUCUCUUCCGCAGUUUCCGACCCGGUUAAUACCCAUCCCUUGGGACCCUCUCCGCAUCACUUAAUCCACCCAAAGUACGGCUCAAAGUUGCCCGGUCUUGUCUCAAAGCCUCCACCACACACCAUGUCGACCUUCAGCAGCAUGCUCGGCCGCCGCGACCUCAGCUUCGGCGAGUCGGACUCGACCCUCAACCUGAUGAUCGGCUUCCUUGCCAUCGUCUUCUUUUCCCUCUGCCUCGCGUCCAGCCUCAUCAUGUUGCGCCGCAUCAAGCUCCAGCGCCAGAUGAAUGUCGAGGACGGUCUCCCCAAGUACCAGGACCUCGACCAUCAGCAGGGCCGCAACAUCAACCGCCUCAAUAUCCACACCGCGGACGGCCGCUCCAGCAUCCUUGUCCUCAACAACGGCCGCCCCAUGCUCUCCGACCCCAGCUCCCCCCCUCACUCGCCCAGCAACGUCCCCGAGAUCCACAUCACCUUCCCCGACGAGCACGACGACCAGGGCCGCCAGCAGAACGGCCGUGUCGUCGUCGUCCGCGUCGGCGAGACCAGCAUCGGCCUCGAGCCCUAUAAGGAGGAGCAGCUCCCCGCCUACCAGAAGGAGAACGCCGGCGGGUUCUACUCGAUCGACAUGAACCAGAUCGGCGGUCUCAAGGAGAAGGAGCGCACGCAGUUCUCUUAGGAGGCGCUGCCAACCGUCCUUCUUCUCUGUUUAAUUCAAGCGCGGCGUCAUCUUCCAUCACAUACGGGGCAUUAUCGAUAAUCAAUCAUAUGGACGACAAAUUAGAGGGCGUGGGUGAUAGGUGUACAUGUUCAUGAUUUUGAUGUAUCUAUCCCUGCAACAGUCAUAUACCGAAAGGGGUUCGUUCGUUCUUUGGGAGUCGAUGGAGGUUGCGGGAGGAGCUCGUAGCCCCAGCUGA